AAGAGUCUGUCAUAGUUAACAAUGGAUCUCCUCAACUUGAAGAAUCGUAAUCACUGUUCGUGCCUCGAUUAUUGUAAAACAGAUAGUGAUGCGCCUUGUUACCAUGAAGUCACUGAUUAUAGCAGCAAUGACCAUCAUCCUGGCUGGUCCAGGCCAGUCAGCUCGUAUCCUAGCUCUGGUUCCGUUCCCAGCUCGAAGCCAUUGGAUCGUCAUGGAGCCCCUGUUCCACGAACUAGUUGCCCGGGGCCACCAAAUCACAGUCUUCAACAACUUCCCACAGAAGAAACCGUUGGCCAACUACACCGAUGUGGACUUAUCAAAACUGCUUCCCCCCAUGAUAAGCGAAUUCUCCAUAGAGAUGAUCCGAGAAAAGAUGCCUAACCCGUUGGCGACGACACAGUUUAUUCAUGAGGUACACGACGGUUCUUGUGAAAAAGUUUUGAAGGAAGAAGCUACCCAGAAUCUCCUAAGAGAUAAAGAUCAGUACGAUAUCCUCUUCACAGAAGUAUUCGGAUCAGACUGUUACGCUUAUUUUGCUCACAAAUUCAACAUCCCUAUCAUAUCGAUCACGACUAGCGUAGCAAUGCCUUGGGCCGCUGAGAGGUAUGGUUUGCCAGACAACCCAUCUUACAUUCCCAAUUACUUGGUCAACUUUACUCCUCAGAUGAAUAUUUGGGAACGCAUAUACAACACUUAUACACUUCUGUAUGCCAAGUUCAUGCAUCAGUACAUUUUUAGCGCUCGGACACAAGCUAUGGUCGAAGGUAUUCUCGGAGAACCUUUGCCUGACUUGCAAGAAGUGUUAAUGAAUCGUUCUACAUUGUUGUUUCUGAAUAGCUAUCACGCACUUUCUCAGAGUCGACCUUUCCCACCAAACGUUAUAGAAAUUGGUGGAAUCCACAUCAAGAAUGAUGCCCAGCCACUUGCAGAGGAAUUCCAGACAAUUUUGGACAGAUCAACAAACGGUGUGGUUGUUAUGAGCUUUGGAUCACUUGUCCGAUCAGCAAGUAUUCCCAAACCCAUCAUUAUGAUGUUUAUGAAGGCGUUUGCCAGAUAUGAACAGACAUUCAUAUUCAAAUUUGAAGAACCACUGCCAGAAGCACCUCCAAAUGUCAUCGUUAGAAAAUGGCUCCCGCAAAGAGAUAUUAUGGAACACAAGAAUGUCCAAGCCAUCAUUGCCCAUGGUGGACUGGCAAGUACAAUAGAAGCUGUGCACUUCGGAAAGCCUAUUAUCGGAAUCCCUUUCUUUGCUGACCAAAGAGUGAACAUCAUGUCCGUUGUAAGACGCGGAGCCGGAGUACAGCUGGACCUAGACAACCUCUCCGAACAGAAGAUAUACGAGGCGCUUUCUCAAGUUUUAAAUAAUCCUAAGUACUCUAAGAACAUGAAGAGUCUCUCAUCCAAAUUCAAAGAUCGCCCCAGAACGCCUUUAGAGACAGCUGUUUAUUGGACAGAGUAUGUUCUCAGACACAAAGGUGCGCCACACUUGCGCCCAGCAUCCACACACCUCUCGUGGUACCAAUACUUACUGCUGGACGUCAUUGCUUUUCUAGUCACCUUGCUAGCAGCUGUUAUCACUGCCUCUUACUUCCUACUGAGAUGGACAUUGAUUAAGAUCAGACAACCAAAGAUCAACCCGACUAAGAAAAGAAACUGAUUUUGAAAAU